UUGAUCGUGUUGUUGGCGGCUUACGGUCUUUACUCCCUUCUUACAUCAAACUCCCCAUCCACCUUGCGACCACAGGACAGGUCCUGCAAUUGUGGUGAAUCAAUUGCAGAAGCCCGCGCGAACGGUUGCGUGUACGAUUCACUUGCUGCCGCCUGGCUUCCACCACAUUGCCGGUCUCCUGAGUUGACCGCAGAGUUUGAGUCUUUGGGCCCCAACGAGCCCGAUACCACUGGCAGCACCUGGGGAUACUGGCACGACAAGAACCAGACACGCCCCAUGACUCUGGAAGAGGUGAGCCAACUUCCAGAGGCGGCCCGGCAUGGCCAGCAUGCUCGCUUCUUUACCACGCAUCAAUGGCAUCUUGUACAUUGCGUGUUCUAUUGGCGAAAGAUAUGGGAGGCAGCGCGCUGUUCUCGGGGAGUCGCGGGCGCGUCUUGUGGCAAGGACGGCGUCCUCGUCAUUGAGAAGCGAUACGAUACUCUCAUGCACAUCAAUCAUUGCAUGACCAUGUUUUUGAUGAGGGAUCCUCUCGAUCACAUUGCCGCCGAGGCUGGUGUUGCGCUUCACUCAGACGAGCUUCACAUUGCAAAGCCUCAUAAACACAUGCACCAAGAUCAGAGCAUGACGGAUGAGAAGACGACUGCGAAUCACAAAAGUGUGAGCUCAAGUUCUUCCAAAGACCCUUUCGAUGAAACAAAGGAGAAACAUGAGCAUGGGAAGGGCGAUCCAUAUGAUGGAUAA